CGGGGCCGCGCUGCCCGCCGGAAGCCCCGCAGGCGCCAAAGAUGGCGGAGAACAGCGGUCGGUCGGGCAGGAGCAGCGGGAGCGGCGUGGCGAAGGGGGCGGUGUCGGCCGAGCAGGUAAUUGCUGGCUUCAACCGCCUUCGGCAGGAACAGCGUGGCCUGGCAUCCAAGGCAGCUGAGCUGGAGAUGGAGUUGAAUGAGCACAGCCUGGUGAUUGAUACACUGAAGGAGGUAGAUGAAACCCGCAAGUGCUUCCGCAUGGUUGGAGGGGUGCUGGUGGAGCGCACUGUCAAAGAGGUGCUACCUGCCUUGGAGAACAACAAGGAGCAGAUACAGAAGAUCAUUGAGACCCUGACACAGCAGCUGCAGGCAAAGGGAAAGGAACUAAAUGAAUUCCGGGAGAAGCACAACAUUCGUCUAGUGGGGGAGGACGAGAGGCCUGCCAAAGAAAGCUCAGAGGGAGCUGGAGCCAAGGCCAGCUCAGCCGGAGUGCUGGUCUCCUAGGGACCAAGGCCUUCACAUUUUUCCUGCCCUGACUCUCACUUCUAAGUUCUCUUUAUUGUUGUUAUUAUUUUCUCUGCUAUUGUAAUAUUUUUUUGUUAAUUAAAUGUUUUGGUCAGAAUGCUUA